GGCUAUUUCCGUAGAGAGAGAAAGGGAUUGGGAGAGAGAAAGAGAGAGAGAGAGAGAGAGAGCCAUUUGUUUCCCUUCGCCCUUUUCCUAGGGCUCUUAUCGCGAAAGCUCGGCACUUUUAGCCCUCUUUUCCACCCGUUUUUGCCCUAAUUUUCGCUCCUCGGCGCCCUAGAUCUCGACCAGCUUGAUCAUCCAAUUUCCCCCUUUUUCUCCUAUGAAAAUGCCAUUUUUCCUGAUGACGUCUUGCUGAUUGAUAGGAUAUUCAAGCUAGCUUGUUUGGUGGAAAUACAUACCUAUGUAGAGAGUUAAAGAUUGGUGAAUGAAUCUUACUGAAAUAAGCAGGUGACACCAUUAUCUAGAUGCAUUACCUUCCUUUGUUAGAUCGGCGAUUGGGAGAAAUUUACUAGUGCUGAUUACAAUUGCUAACUUUGUUGAAAUUUCCUGUAAUAAUACAAAAAUAGCUAAGACGGGUGCUCUAUGUUGUGUGGCCGCUGGGCCACAUGGAGCAAAAUCCAAUCAAGCCAGUAGAGACUAUUCUAUGGAUCCUAGUGAACCUCAUUGGAGAAUGAAUUCGAGCUUUUCCCCUCCUCUUUCGAGGAGAUGGGACUGCAGGUACCAGUCGGAUGGAUUACCUAAUAGAAUCCAUGAUGCUCCGUUAUAUGGAUCAUCUAUAUCAUCACAUAGCAAAGGAAGCAGAAGUGGGUUCGGCAGCGAUCAGUACCAGAAUCAUCAUCAUUCAGCUUCUGACGGGGCACUCUCUUAUUUAGGAAGCCCAUCUGACAAUCUUCAGGGCACUCGGUGGACUCCAUCUGUUCGAAGAUUCGAUCUUGGAGAGUUUUCUACUCCAGCAGGAGGAGCAAGGCCCGAGGCCAAUGUCUAUCCUCGGACUAGCGAGCAGAGGCGUUACACCUCUGUAAACAGUUUUGGUUCCGCAUCCCCGUUCUCGGAAUCUGGCCGAUGGCCCUCCAGUGGCAAGCACCCGAUCUUAUUCCCCCCUCGCAAUUACUCAGGCAGGCGCUCAUUCAUGUCCAAACCCGUUUACCCACUCGUUUUCCGCAACCCUGUUUCUGAACCCGAAGCCUCUGGUCUACCGGAAACUAGUAACGGUGGCAGGGGAACACCUGGAGAUGAUAGCCGGGCCUCGCCCGCCUGGCUCGAUCACAUGAUGAGCCCGGAGCUCAAAUUCCACAAAGCCCUGACCGAACUUCAAAAGAUGGAGGCUUCUCCCGAACCGAAUCCUGGUUCGAGUCGCGAAGGAUUUCGGUGGAGCAACGCAAGCAGUUACGAUUUUGGGUACGAAGGAGAUGCCAUCGAGAUUACUGAUCAUAUCAGUGUAGAAUCUCAAAGAUGGCCUAAUAAUCCGAUUAGAUUUCAGAAAUGUGGAUUGUGCGAGAGACUACUAUGGCAAAAGUCCCCUUGGAGCUCGAACAGGAUAAUUAGAAACAGCGAUAUGCCGAUAGCUGGGGUCCUUUCUUGCAAACAUGUUUUCCAUGCAGAUUGCUUGGAAGAAACUACUCCAAAAAGUCAGAUUCAGGACCCUCCUUGCCCUUUAUGUUUGAGAGAAGCUAAGGAGGAUGGGUCGGGAUCGUUCUCAGAGCCGCUUCAGGUGGCUUUAAGAGCUGUUCGGAAGAGCCAAGGUAUCAAUAUCACCUCCACGAGCAGCGGCGGCGGCGUUAGCAGCAAUAUGGACUCUACUCAGAACGAAGACGAGUGCAAGAGGAACCACUCUCUCCAGUUGCCGCCACGGCGCAGAGUUUCGCUGCUGAGAAGCCAUUUCAGGAAGCAGUUCUCGUUCAAAGGGAAGAUGGGGAAGGAUCUCUUCGGCGUGAAAGUUUUCAAGAAGUCCGGAGCAUCUUCAUCAUCGUCGUCUUCGUUUGUUCAAGAGUGCGAUCAAUCUGGGCCGUCGAGCUCGCGCUAGUCACGGAUGAUGACAUGGAGAAAGCAUCUAAUUGGGUUGUGGUCUUUGUAUUUUGGGAGAGUCCACUAGUUGAAAGUCCAUGUAUAGCUUACUAUAGAAGCUGCAAUUUUAGACACUAAAAAAACUUGCUUAUUUUGGACUGUUUAUUUUCUACGUAUUACUGAGUAGCUACAGAUUCCUUUUUUUCUUUUUUCUUUUUUUCUCUUUUGGGGAAGUGGCUUCCACCAUAGGCACGGUAUCUGGUAAUGUAUUGUUGCUCUCGUAACAUUGCAUUUUUCUUCAUUUAUAGUUGUGCUCUACAAGUGGGUACGUAUAUUUAUUAUGUGCUUUGAACAAAUCAUGUAUGAAUUUCGCAAUGCGGAAGUUAGACUAAGUUUUUUUUU